CUCUUGGGAUUAGGAUUAUUCACCCUAUAUAUGAAGCUUUUCAGUUUUUCUGAAUCCACCAAACUCCCAAGUCUCAACGCCUGCUACGAAGCAACGGAAAGCAAACCGUAGAGCCAAGAUUUACUUUUGAAAUAUCUUGGGUACAAUGGCCGCCAGUGAACUCGCCUGCACUUACGCCUCAUUGAUCCUCUACGACGAUGGAAUCUCAAUCACCGCCGAGAAGAUAGCCACACUAGUCAAGGCAGCGAACGUGGGCGUUGAAUCUUACUGGCCUAGCCUUUUCGCUAAGCUCCUUGAGAAGAAGAACAUCGAUGAUCUCAUCACUAACGUUGGUUCCGGUGGUGGCGCUGCUCCUGUUGCCGUUGCUGCUUCCGCUGGUGCAGCUGCUGGAGGUGCUGCCGCUGCUGCCCCCGCUGUUGAGGAGAAAAAGGUAGAAGAAAGGGAAGAGAGUGAUGAUGACAUGGGAUUCAGCUUGUUUGAUUAGGCACAAUCUUCCUGUUUGGAUUUUCUCUUCUUGUUUACUUUUCUUUUGCGGUAAAACCAGGACCUAUCUGAAACGGUAGUUGAAUUGUGUUUACUAAUUGACCUGACCUUUUCAGAAAUUGGAGAAGUUACACGGUGGAUUUUGCUUGGUUUAAU